CGUCACGUUGAGGGCAAGAAACUGACGCACUUCAUCCACUCUCUCACGCUCGAACCCUGUUAGGAAUAAUGUCUGAGCCGUAUCGCGAAUGGAUCCUGGGGUCAAUAGACUCGUUAAGGUCGAGAAAAGCGCGACCGGACUUGGACAGAAUUUGCAGAAUGGUAAAAAGACGACACGGCUCAGAAUGGGACCGAACCCGUUCAGAACUAGACAAACUGAUAGAGGAGCAAGCGGUGCUGAAAGUCAACUAUAAAGGCUCUGUUUCCUAUCGCAACGCGGCAAAGGUUCUGAGAGGCAGGAGAAAAGGCGAGCAGGGCAAGUGUGCUGUGAAACAGCCUUCUCUCCCGGACUUUAGCACCGGCGACAGCGCGCUGGGUCCCGCGGAUGAGGAUCAGAUGGAGGACAUGGAAGAUGUGAUGUCCACAACAGCAGGAAUGGACAGCAGUAUGGAUGAGGAGGGCGAUGAGAGCAGUUUAGAUGCCAUGUGCGCUCAGAGCACCACUGACUCUGGCAUUAGCUUGAGUCCCAUCACCAGCUGUAACAUCAGUCUACCUUUGCCCUCACCAGCUGCCUCUCCAACUCAUGAUUCUCUGAGGCAGGAUGGGGACAGUGCUUACACACUUCCUGAGCGCACACAGACAGCAGCCCAGCAUGACACGGCAUCUCUAGAGUUCAGGCAGCAGCCACUGGCCAUCUGUUCUCAAGGAGAGGAGGGGCCGAGGGUGGAAGAGAGCGCACUCACCCCUGAUCCACUGCUGUCAGAUUGCAGAAACACACCAAAUGAGUUGGUGAAGUCGAUUGGAGGACCUCACAUCUUGUCUGUCUGUGCUGAUGAAGGUGAAAAGUGCAAUAAUGGACCCAAGAGCACAACAGAGAUAGACAUUGUCAACAAUGGAGGGGUGAACAAUGCAAAUGAUAUGGUAAAGGAAGAAAUUAGACAGGACCCUUUGUAUUGGAGCGUGGCUGAUGUGGUCAGUUACUUCAACUCUGUGGGUUUCCCUGAGCAGGCUGUAGCUUUCAGAACACAGGAAAUAGAUGGGAAGUCCUUACUGCUGAUGCAGCGCAGAGAUGUGUUGACUGGUCUGUCAAUCAGACUUGGUCCCGCCCUCAAAAUCUAUGAGAAUCAUGUAAAGGUACUGCAGAGAAGCCACUUUGAGGAUGACAGCCGCCUCUUCUCAUAGUGCCUGUUUUCAACAAAAACAGACUAAAUCCUCUGGCUCGUUGUCCAUGAAAUACGAGGAGAAUGGAACUCUAUAAGACUUGUUUUGCACAAUCCUCCUCAAUUUGUCUUGUUUUCUUCCUCGUGAGGACAUACAGCAUAUUUCAGCCCUGUUCUAAAUUAUCUUGGUCCUUCUGUCCAUCCCUCACAGGGCUGAUGGGACCACUCAUUUUAAGUGUUAUUACUCCAUGGUGGAGCAUUUCAUUCACCAACAUUUUUCCUAUUAUUUGUCAGAGAUCAUUUAGUAUUGCAAUACCAUAUAAAAAAUGUUUUGUCCAAUUAAAUGUACUAUGUUCAGAUAUUGUUAUACAGCAGUCUUAAAACGUUAGGAAAUAAAUUCCAGUUUCAGAAUCUGAAACAGCAAUUUUGGCAUCAGUCUUUUCUGUUUUGCAUUAAGCUUGCCAAGCAGAGACAUGGAGUGAAUUACUGAUGCCUUGAUUCCAUAGCAAUAUUAUUUACAGAUGUGUUCAUAUUGAAGUUCAUAGCGAGAGAGCACGAUUUGAUAAAGUUCAGGUGGUUGAAUCUCACAGAAACAUGUCUGGGUCAGAUUUCAUCCCAAAAUCAAAAGCACAAAUAUAUAUAUAUAAAAUGUGCUUUUGUUUUUUGUUUGUUUGUAUUUUGCAGAAAGAAAUGCUUUAGUGACAUUGUGCUUAAUCAAUUUGUCCUAAAAAUAUGUGUUAUUUUCUAUUAGCAAAAUAUGAUUUAUUAUCUUUUCAGAGUGAAUACGACCCAGACAUGUUCUUGUUUUACACAGGUAGUGUAACCAUAAAUCUACGCACUCAGAAAUCACAUAAAACUGUUGCUUGUUACUAUGUACAUCAAUCAAGUGACAUGACAGAUAACUGCUAACAUCAAAUUAAUUAGCAAAUUAACUAUCAUAUCACAUCUCAGUGUAUCACAUAUAAGACAGAAAGAGUCACGUAUGAUCUCUAGGUUAUGGUACUUUUUCAACUAGUUGAGCGUCAUAUGUUCCCAUAUAUUUGCACCAUUUUCUCUGUAUUCAGAUGUGUACAAACAAUAAAAUAUUUUUUUUUAAUUUAUUUGUGAGUAUUGAAAUAGAAUGGCUUCUUUGGUAAA